GAGCGCAGCCGCGGAGUAGGAUGCUCUGCGGGGCGCCCUGAGCCUGGGGCGCGUGAAGCAGCUUCGGGGGCCGGGGCCACAGGGCAGCUUUCACCAUGCAUCAGUCCCUGACUCAGCAGCGGUCCAGCGACAUGUCCCUGCCGGAUUCCAUGGGAGCCUUUAAUCGGAGGAAACGAAACUCCAUCUAUGUCACAGUGACUUUGCUUAUUGUGUCCGUGUUAAUUCUCACGGUGGGCCUCGCCGCAACCACCAGGACCCAGAAUGUGACUGUUGGAGGUUACUACCCGGGAGUUAUUCUCGGCUUUGGAUCAUUCCUUGGAAUCAUCGGAUCAAACCUCGUGGAGAACAAACGGCAGAUGCUGGUGGCUUCCAUCGUCUUUAUCAGCUUUGGUGUGAUUGCAGCUUUUUGUUGUGCCAUAGUCGACGGGGUCUUCGCUGCCAGACACAUUGAUCUGAAACCACUCUAUGCUAACCGGUGCCACUAUGUGCCCAAGACAUCCCAGAAGGAAGCUGAGGAGGUGAACUGCCCUCACCUCAGCCGUGGAUUCUGCACACCUCGCAUCCGGGGCAACACCUGCUUCUGCUGUGACCUCUACAACUGCGGCAACCGGGUGGAGAUCACCGGUGGCUACUAUGAGUACAUUGACGUCAGCAGCUGCCAGGAUAUCAUCCACCUCUACCACCUGCUCUGGUCCGCCACCAUCCUCAACAUCGUCGGCCUCUUCCUGGGCAUCAUCACUGCCGCUGUCCUGGGGGGCUUUAAGGACAUGAACCCAGCUCUCCCAGCACUGAACUGUUCUGUUGAAAAUGCCCAUCCGACUGUUUCUUACUACGCUCGUCCUCAAGUGGCAUCCUAUAAUACCUACUACCAUAGCCCUCCUCACCUGCCACCUUAUUCUGCUUAUGACUUUCAGCAUUCCACUGUCUUUCCAUCCUCCCCUCCCUCUGGACUUUCUGACGAGCCCCAGUCUGCCUCUCCUUCGCCCAGCUACAUGUGGUCCUCGAGUGCUCCACCCCGAUACUCUCCACCCUACUAUCCGCCUUUUGAAAAGCCACCCCCUUACAGCCCCUAAAGAGGAAUGUCUGCUGGCUAUUGAGAUUAUUGUGGCUUUUGUAUUUCUGCUUUAGUGGAAGUGUGUAGGGUACAAACUUUAAAGUGCGAUUCUUAUGCAUAAAGUUUUGCAGUGGCCUGCCAGGCUAAGGAAAGAUAGGGAAGAAGCUGAUUUGUUAUCAGUGCAGAGCAGGGGUGGCUAGACUGAGCCCAGCACUUCUAAGAAGGGCAGCGCAAGGCUGGAGAGCCAACCCAGCAAGCAGCUUGUCUUGUUUGGACCUGCAUUACCCUAUGGCCCCGCCUCUGUGUGCAGCAGAAGUGUGGUUGCCAUCUGCUUCACUUUGUGUAAAUGGAGUGUUGUCCUCCGGCCGUUGGCAGAUCGCCACCCUAGCACCUUGGUUGAAGCGCCUGGCUUAUAGGCCCUGUCUUUCCCUACCACUAAAGUCAGUCCCUAAGGAAAAUUUCCCAGAUGAUGGGGCUACACGGUAGUUCCAAUGCAGAGAGUUCUAAGAUUUUGUUUGCUUGUGUCUGGAUGCUGAAAAAAGCUGCCCUUGUCUCUUACUCCUUUCUUCUCUGUAUUGUAAAAAUGGCUAUUGUGAUCAUUCAGCUUAGCUUUUGUGAUUGGUACCUCCCAAAGGGAAAAGUGCAAUAGUCCUUUGAGUAGUGGGGAUCAGGAUUGAUUGUUCAAGAAGCACUGAAAUACACAGAACAACAUGUGAGAUGUUUUAAGUGGAUCUCAGUUAUACAUUGGGUAACUUAGGAGACAGCGGUUCUACUACAUGUUGCAUUUGCUGCAGGAGAUACAAAUCUUACGGUUAAAAUUGAGUUCAAAAAUGCUAGAUUAGGUUCUUGGGUCGUGUUAUGAUUGUUACUAAUCUUUGUGACUGUAUAUCUUCAAAUAUUGUGCUUCAAUCCCAGCAACCCGCACGUAUCCUGCACCCCACCCCAAAAGAAUCAUCUGUAUUUUAAUGCCACUGCUCUUAUUGGUC